UUUUGGCUCCCUCUCUGUUUCUGUCUCCAUGUCCCGCCCUUUCCUUUCCAUCAUAUUGGGCGUUGCCUAGCUGACUAUAAAUUCUUGAAUACACUUUCAGUGAGCCCCUGCAUCUUCACUGAAUCUCAAACUACAGUUUCUGCCUCUUUGUGUUCUGCACCUGCUUCUGCAACCAUGACUGAGUUGGAGACUUGCAUGGAGACCCUGAUUAAGAUAUUCCACCGCUAUGCUGAUGAAGACGGCGAUGGAAAGACCUUAAGCAAGAAGGAACUGAAAAAGCUAGUUGAGACUGAGUUACCCACCUUCCUGAAAAGCCAGUCGAACCCCAAAACUGUGGACAGCAUCCUGAAAGAUUUGGACCAAAACAAAGAUGAUAAAUUGGACUUUGAAGAAUUUCUUCCCCUCGUCGCCGGCCUCUCAAUGGCCUGUGAGAAGUUAUACAUGCUCCAGGCGAAGAAGAGCAAGAAGUGAUGCGCAAAUAGGGCUAAUAAUGAUGUUGCCUUUUGUAUAGCACAAAUGUGUGUCAGAUCCAAAAGUAAAAACUACCAUUGACAAGA